AUGAGAGGAGAUACGGGAAACUUGGCCAAGGACAAGGACUUGUGGCAGCAGCAGCAGCCGCAGCAGCGGCGCCACCAGCAGGGCAAAGUGACCGUCAAAUACGACCGCAAAGAGCUGCGGAAAAGGCUGGUGCUGGAGGAGUGGAUCGUGGAGCAGCUGGGGCAGCUCUACGGCUGCGAGGAAGAAGAGAUGCCAGAUGUAGAAAUUGACAUUGAUGAUCUUCUUGAUGCUGCUAAUGAAGAGGAGAGAGCCCUCAAAUUACAAGAAGCACUGGUAGACUGUUUCAAACCCACAGAGGAUUUCAUCAAAGAAUUGCUGACUCGAAUAAGAGGGAUGAGGAAACUGAGCCCUCCUCAAAAGAAGAGUAUAUAAUUGAAAAUGGAAUCCUCUUGAGAGAAAUGGCCAUGAUACUGGGACUUUUGAGUAGAACAACUUCAAGUUUGGUCUUUAUGAGCAAUUUAUUCUUACUUUUUUGAAUUGAGUUCUGACAUUUUAAUGAAUUUGACCAUUUCUGUUUUUAAGGGUUUUUUUAAAGUGUCAUUUUUGUAAAAAAAAUCAUCAUCAUCAUCAUCAUCAUCAUGGAUAUCAACAUCAUGGAUGCUGCUUUUGCUGCCUGAGGAUGAUCAGAUUUGGUGGGAACACACCAAAAUUUAGAGACAUUUUUAGCUGUCCCAGGCAGUAAUUCUACCUGAUCAAUUCUGUUUGGAACUGCUAGGAGAUGCUGUUUCUUUAUGACCCGUUGGAUCUUCAUUAAGUUGUACACCAGAUUCCUGGAUGUUAAGGUUCUUGUGCUUAUGUACAUACAAUUAUUAAAUGAGUGUGUUACCAUUGCUUUACAUUGAGUGGAAGAGAAGUGUGGUCUAGAUAACAAUUUAAUUGGAAGUUGUAGCAAUGAUGUUGGGGGUAGGGAGGGAUGCAAUUUAAAGAGGCUGCUGCCAACAAUUUUUAAAAGCAUUUAAAGCAUUGGGUUGAAUACCUUCAUUUACAAAAGCAACUUAUGAGCAAGUGGGGGAUUUAAGGGCUUGAUUUUAUAGGUUUGAACUUACGUUACUGACAUUGAGGCUUAGCCAGAUCAUCUUCUCUUCAUCUCGUGCUCGGUUGGGAUUGUUUUAAACCUACUGCUGAAGAGUCUAAUGCAGCAAUGAGAAAAGGAUGAGGUUCUCAGUAGGGAAAAUGCACAUGAAAUGCAAAACGAGAGGGUGGCCAAGUACUUCUUUUUUGCACUGGUCCUCCAGAUGUCUUGUCUAAGGGCAAGAGUAUAGGACCAUGACAAGUGGCCAACAGCAUCACUCCAUUUAUGAAACUGCUUUCAUCAGAGGAACUUGGGGGGCUGGACUUGCCCCUCCUGACUCCCCACAUUCAUGUAAAACUUUCCCCAAAGAACUGGGAGACCCUCCAGAGGCAGUUUUUGUGUAGUGCAGGAGGGUGUGGUGGACAAUGCAGUUGUAGUCAUAAGCUAUGUAGUCGCCAUACAUGAAAAAGCCUUGUUGCUUCCAGCAAUUGGGAGUCAGUGUGAUGCUGGCUUUAGGUCUACAUUUCUGGCUUUGGCAUUGGAUCUGGCAGCUUGGGCAAGUGGGACUGGUUUGUCGUUGUUAGAAGCAGGAUCCCUAACUCUUCAGGAAAACAUUCUUCACUAAAAUGCUUCACAAGCUACCAUCUGCUGGUAGAUGCUAGGCUGGCAUUUUAUAUCAAGGGUGCUCUGAACAUAAUUUUAUUUUUUAAAAGAAGAAAUACAUGGUUGUGAACUUUAUGUAUACUGGCAAGCUUUUUAAAAUGUAUUUAAUUUUGUAAUGUUUUAUCAAUGACUUUAUUUACCAGAUAUUUACUCAAAUAAAUGCAAUGAAUUGGG